AUGGUGCCCGUUAGGCCGAAGGUGUUUCUUCGUUAUCUCACAUCAACCGGAUGGAUCGCAUCCAGCGGGUCGGAAGGCAUCUACCAUGAUUACUUGCGCCGGUUCGACGUAUCAACAAUGAUGCAGAUAGAAGAAAAGAGAAGAAAUAUAAAAAGUCUGUUCAGUUUCCAUUCUACCACGAUGAAUGCCACCACCGCAGGCCCACCACCGCUUCCCAACCCCUUCACCCCGAUGGCUUUUCUCCCUCCGGAUUUGGCGUACCAGUCCACAAUCUCUGUAUAUCUUUCCGUCGGUACUCUAAGCCCAAGCUCGCAAAGACUUCCUCCUGAUGUUCCACCUCCCAAUAAAGAUCCCAAAUUUGGUCUACGUCUUAUCGAGGUCAUUUAUUCUUCGCAUGAAUUGACUACACAACGGGCUCAAAUUCUGCAGAUUGAUGUCCUUCGCAUUUGUGCUGUGUCUCGUCAUAUACCAGAGCAAGUCGCUUCUCAUGCCUGUCGAUAUGACUUGCUCACCUUGACAAAUUGUCUAGCUGCCCCACUCGACAUUCCGUGCACAAGAUUUUCCAAAGUCUUCACCUGGCUCUUCGCCGUGUCUGUUCCCUUGACCUCCCUCCUCUUCUUGUUUCGCGUUCUCGCGAUAUUCCACGAAAACAAGCUCGUCCGCGCCUUCUUCUGCGUCAUGUGGCUGGGCGUCGUCGCGGGCGUCAUGACGCCUACGCAAGGGCUCAUAGGCACAAACAUCGGGCCGACCAAGUAUUGCAUCAACGUGAGGUUAGAAGCCUAUAUCACGACAGCAGGGCUUAUCCCGCUCGUGAAUGACACCCUCGUCUUUCUCGCGAUCUCGUGGAAGCUGAUGCGGAAUACGCACAUGACACCGAAUCCGCUAAGAGGAAAUCUCAGCUUUAGGGCGUUUCUUCGAGGAGAUUACUUGCCGGCCUUUUCACGGGGACUCCUCCAAGAUGGACAGUCGACCCCCGUCGCCGUUGCCCAUUCAAGUCCGCCCCUGCUUCUCUCUCCUGCUGCGAGUUCAAAGUCCAACGAGCUCGCACACCUUCCUCGCAGCACCCACCCGCCGCCGGCUCCUCUCGUUGUCUCUUCCCUCUCUCCUGGCCAACGUCUUGGUAGGGGGGAAUUCGCGCCCGUUGUGUUCGCUGCUGAGCUCGAAAAGUCGCCUUUCGCCACCCGUUCAGUAACCAAUAACGCGCCAUCGUGCUCGCUGCGAGGAGCUGAAGCACAAGCUCGCUCGUCGCCCUGCGACAUCGGCUGCCGGCACGGUGGGCACGUUGGGGACUCGAUAACGCAGGAGCGUGAGCAGUGCAGACCGAAGAAUUGA